GUAUCGAUCGGCGUCGAUCGGAUUUUCAGUAAAUUGCGUUCUUAAGAGAAGUUGCUGGAAGAUCGGAUGACGCAGAAUCCUUGCGAAGAGAAAAUCGUGUACACAGAUGCUUGAAGUUGAUGAUCGCAGUAUUAAACGGUAGUUUUUCCAGCCGAAAAUAAUACAAAAUGGAUCCUAAGAAACCUACCGGACCUACCGGAAAAGGACGCGGUUCUUUUCUAUUAGAGAUGAUGAAGCAGAGACAACAAAUGGAACGAUCUCAAGCAAUGUCUCAUUCUAUAGAAACACCUAGUGUUUCAUCAAUUGAACCAUCAGGAUCAUCUGAAGGGUAUUCUUCAUCUCUUACUUCAAGUUCUAGUGGAGGUCGUGGACGUGCGCUAUCUGGUUUGUUAAAAUCAAUGCAGAGUAGCAGCAGUGGUGAAGAAUCCAGAGACUCUUCAGUAGCAAUAGGUCACGGUCGAGGCAAUAUUUCAAGUUUAAUAAAAAAACUUAGCCAACCAAGUACUUCUGUACCAGAAAGUGUUAGAAGAGAUGAUUCUGAAGGAGUUUUAGGAAAAUUAUCUAACAUCUCCGUGUAUGAUAAACCGCCCACACCUGAAGAGCUACAAUCCUUGGAUGAUGUUACACCGGUAUGUCGACAAGGAAAAAGUGGAACAAAAGUAGAAGCAUACGCUAACUGUGUGGAUGUGAAAGUAGAUCCUGCAAAGGCUCAAUAUUUAUACGAAAUUAAAUUUUCGCCAGAUAUAGAUUCAAUAGGUUUACGUCGUAAACUAGUUAAUCAACAUUUUGCCACAUUAGGACGAACAAGAACAUUUGAUGGGACAUUACUUUAUUUACCACUAAAAUUGCCUCAAAAUGAGACUCACUUUCAAUCUGAUCAUCCAGAUGGGUCAAAAGUAUCUCUCACAAUUAUUUUCAAAAGGAAACAACCAAUACAUGAAAAUGUUCAAUUUUUCAAUAUUUUAUUCAAUCGCAUAAUGCGUGCGCUUAGCUUGGUUCGUAUUGGUCGACAAAAUUUUAAUCCGAAUUCCGCGCAUGCUUUGCCUCAACAUCGAUUGGAAGUAUGGCCUGGUUACGUAACUGCUAUAAAUGAAUACGAGGGUGGUUUAAAGUUGUGUUUAGAUGCCAAACAUCGAGUGAUGCGAACAGAAACUGUGCGAGAUUUAAUAACAGAGAUUUGCCAAAAAUCAAAGCAUAAUUUCAAAGACAUUGCUAUGAACGAAGUAAUCGGUACAAGUGUACUAACGAGAUACAAUAACAAGACGUAUCGUAUAGAUGACAUCGAUUGGAAUAAAUCACCAAAUUAUACGUUCUCUAAAAAUGGCCAACAAAUAUCGUUAUUCGAAUAUUACAAGUCGCAUUGGAAUAUCGAGAUUAUGGAUUUACAUCAACCCCUUUUAGUGCAUCGUGUUACAAAUAGAUUACCAAACGGCGAGAGAGAGGAAAGCAUAAUUUAUCUGGUGCCAGAAUUGAGCUACGCAGCAGGUCUUACUGAUAAUAUUCGCAAUAAUCAUAACAUUAUGAAAGACUUGAGCGGAGUUACGAAAAUGUCGCCUAAUCAACGUCAAGAGGUGAUCAGCCGAUUUGUAGAUGAAAUUAAUAAGAAUGAUAUAACUCGAGAAUUAUUAGCAGAAUGGGGUUUGCGUAUAAGCCAUGAUUUAGUUAAAUUUACCGCAAGACGUCUCGAGCCUGAAGUGAUACGUUUUGGAUUCAAUAAAAGUCAUCAUACGAAUGAUAAACCUGCAGACUGGUCCUUUGCUGCAGUAAGAAGUCCCAUGUUGCAUGCUUGUAAUUUGAUCAAGUGGAAUCUUAUGUACUGUAUAAGGGAUAGAACUUGUGUAAAAGACUUCUUAAACGUUCUAAUAACGGUUGGUCAAGCGGUCAAUAUGCGAGUUAAUGAUCCAGUACACGUUAUUUUAAAAGAUGACAGAACAGAGAAUUAUUUGCGAGAAAUUCAAAAUAAUAUUAGUGCUGACAUUCAGUUAUUCGUUAUUAUAUUUCCAACCAAUCGCACUGAUCGCUACUCGGCAAUAAAAAAACUAUGCUGUGUACAAAAAGCUGUACCAUCGCAAGUCAUUAUUUCGAAAACAAUUUCUAGGCCUCCUAAAUUAAGAAGUAUCACAGAAAAGAUAGCACUUCAAAUCAAUUGCAAACUAGGAGGAGCAUUAUGGACUGUCACUAUGCCACUAAAAAACUGUAUGGUAUGUGGUAUAGACGUUUAUCACGUUGGUGUUGGUGGAGGAGGUCGAAAAAGUGUUGCAGGAUUUAUUGCUAGUUUAGAUAAUCAAUUGACUAAAUGGCACAGUAGAAUUUGUAUGCAGGCCUCUAGGCAAGAAUUAGUUGAUAUGCUACAAGUGUGUCUUACUUCUGCUAUUAAUGCUUUUUACAAGUAUAACGGAUGUAAUCCAGAGCGCAUAAUUAUAUAUCGUGAUGGAGUUGGUGACGGCGAUUUAGAUUAUAUAGAAAAUUACGAGGUAAAACAACUUUUGGCGACAUUUAAUCGCAUAGCGCCGAAUUAUAAACCGCAACUUAGUGUAGUUAUAGUUCAAAAACGCAUCAACAUGCGGAUAUUCAUCAGAGGAAGGGGAGGUUUAGACAAUCCCGCAGCAGGUACUAUUGUUGAUUCGUGCGUAACAAGGCGAAACUAUUAUGAUUUUUUCCUUGUGCCGCAAAGUGUACGUCAGGGCACAGUAACACCUACACAUUACAUCGUCAUUCACGAUUCAUCUAAUCUGGAAACAGAUCACAUGCAACGAUUGACAUAUAAACUUUGUCAUUUGUACUAUAAUUGGCCCGGUACAAUUCGUGUACCAGCUCCAUGUCAAUACGCACAUAAACUUGCAUACCUGGUGGGACAAAAUCUUUUAGCUGAGCCACACCAAUCUCUUUCAGAUAUCUUGUUCUAUUUAUAAUUUCAUCAUUAUUUUUUUUUCUCUUUAAAUAAAGUACAAACGCUACAAAAUAACGAUAUAUCAUUUAAAAGAGUAUUUUGAAAGAACUGAAAUAAUUGUGUUCCUA